AUGUUUAGGUGGAACAUAAACCAUGACCUUGAUCUUCUUAGAGAAGUGCUGGCAUUAAGACCUAGUAAUCCCAAUGACUGGAACCUAAUUGCUGACAAUCUUCAAAGAGCAUGGGCAAAAGACGAAAUCACAGUCAAAGGCCGCUCAUGUAAAGAGCACUUUGAUGUUCUUCUUCGCCAUCACAAAGAUGAGAACUCUGCAGCCUUAAAAAAGUAUUUCAUAAAUUCAUUUUUAGUUUUUACCAAACUUUACAGCCAUUGAAUAACGAGCAAAUAGCUGAGGGUCUUAUUGUUAAAUUGUCAGGGCAGGCACUGAGGAGCAGUAUAAUGAAAUUCAUCAACUUUUAGAUGAUAUCAGGGUUUAUCUUGAUGACUUACAGCAGCAGAGCAAGAAAGGCAAGAAAAAAGAUGAACAGGAUAGAAAGAAAGCAAAUGAAUUCAGGGAUAAGGCUAUGGAAACACUGAAGAGAAGUAAGUUAUUACUCACUUAA